AUGCAGUUAUCUGUCAGAGAGACUCUAGACCUCAUCUUUGAAGAUGAAGAGGGCACUGAGGUUGAGCCAGAGAUAGAGGAGGAUGUCUCAGAAGUGGAAGACAACACCGAUUUUGACCCACACAUUGAGGAUACUGACAUGUCAACUGAUGUAGAGGAAGAAGCACCUGAAGAGCAGACACCUGAGGAGACAUUCAAGUCCAAGAAUGGAGAUUUUCUCUGGGCUUCAUCCCCCCAGGACAGAAGUGGUGGAAAGAGAGUGGAAAACAUAAUAAAGAUGACACCAGGGCCAACACAGUAUGCAACAUCUCGUGUGGAUGACAUCAAGUCCAGCUUCCAGCUCUUUUUACCAGAGUCCAUUGAGGGGAUUAUACUGGAUAUGACAAACCUGGAGGGGAAACGUGUGUUUGGGGACGCCUGGAGAGAACUGGACCUGGUAGACCUCCAAGCCUACAUAGGUCUGUUGAUUUUAGCAGGAGUAUAUCGCUCAAAUAAUGAGGCUACAAAAAGUCUCUGGGAUGAAGAAUCUGGCAGGCCAAUGUUCCAGGCAACUAUGUCCUUACAGCAGUUUCAUGUCAUUGACAGAGAAGUGGUAGGCUAA